AUGGCGGAAGGAUUUAUGUGGGAGAUAGCUGGAGAAUUCAAAGCUUUGUUAGUGUUUGCAGAACAUAGAUUUUAUGGUGAAUCUAUUCCAUAUGGACCUGAUGCAUACAAAGAAGUUUGUGGUAAACUGUCAAUACCUGUGGAGGGUAAACAGUUGUUGUCGGAUUUGGCAGAAGCUGUGAGGAUAUAUUUCAACUACACAGGCCAAGCAAAAUGUCUAAAUACCACACAACAAGCAACCAGUGACCUGGGUGAUCUGGGCUGGGAUUAUCAAAGUUGUACAGAAAUGGUGAUGCCUAUCUGUGCUGAUGGACAACAAGAUAUGUUUGAACCAAGUCCUUGGAACUUUACACAGUUCACCGAACAAUGUCAGAAAAAAUGGAAGACAACUCCUAGGGAGAAUUGGAUUGUUUCUGAAUACUGGGGCAAACAUUUAGAAACUGCAAGUAAUAUAAUAUUUAGUAAUGGUGAUCUUGAUCCUUGGUCAGCAGGAGGGGUAACAACAAGUACAUCGUCCACAAUUGUACCAUUGUUGAUUGAGGAUGGGGCCCACCAUCUUGAUUUACGGGCAUCCAACCCUCUGGACCCACCUACUGUUGUAAAUGCUAGACAGACAGAAAAAAAUCUUUUAAAGAUGUGGCUAGGCCAAGUGCAAAAAAUGAAAACUUAAUCAAUGAAAAUUUACCAGCCAGAUAUUGAUAUUUUUCUAUUUUAUUGGUCUCUUUAAAGGAGAAUGCUUUCAGAUUUGUGUCAGUUUUUUUUUUAAAUUAAGAAAGUAGUUCCAUUUACAUUUGUUUUUGUAUUUGUAAGAUAUUCAUGAAGUUUUCACAUAAUUCAUGUUGUGAGUAAUGAUAAAUUGAUGGCAAGGUCUUAUAUCCUAUAUUCACUUACAUAUUUUUAAUUUACUGGUGCCAAUUUUCUUACAUUUAAUUGCUUUGAAAAUUAUACUCUAAACUUGUAUACUAUUUAAAGGUGCUUGACUAUAUUCAUUGAUAUCGUAAGUCAUAAUUUUAUACUUUAUUAUAGGUUUAGACAUCAAAAUGUAAAUUUCCGAUUUUGUAACUUUACUUCUUUUGCCUUGAUAAUGGUGAAACUUUUAUGGAACUUUUUAUUAUAUAUGUGAUCAUCACUGUUGCCAAUUUUAGUAGAAUCUACUAGACUUGAAACAUAGAUAAUGGACAUCAGCAGCAAGUUGCUCAAAACAUUUCAUCCACCAAAAUCAUCACUGGCUAUAUUUUAGAAUAUCUUCUCUUUCGAAAAAAUUAUCCCUUCAUCUAUGUAGAAAUGACAUGAAAGUUUAUAAAAACUACAAUUUAAAUGUGUUUUUGAUAAUCUGUAUUCUUAUGGGAAGUUAUGCAUUUACAUGAAUAUCUGAUGAAAAAUAUGGACAUUUCUGAGAUGCUCUGGAGUGUUUCCCACUGAACUAAGAGACCAGUACUGCAUCUUUUUAGGAAAGAGUGUUUCAUAUAUAUUUGUGCGAUACAUCGAGCAUGUUAUGGAACCAGGCUAUCUGCUGGUGAAGGGACAAGCUGAGUUAUCCCGGCCUGCUUGUAUCUGAAAGAUUGUGCAUGCUUCCUCUCACCCUGACCUUCUGUACUGAUAGAGGAUGAACUUGAUGCCCUGAAUGUAGAAAAAGUUUGGAUCAGAAUAUGGGCAUUAUUUGGGAUGAAAAUACAUGUAUCAUAUAUUAUUUAUAUACAUGUACAACAACUAAAUAGCAUUCUCUUCUAUAUAUACACAUUCAAAAAUGCUUUACUCACUACAUUCCAGACAUAUUUUAUUAAAACUGUCAUAUUGAUUAAGGACACGUCACGGCUGAGAUAGUUUAGCAUUAUUGCAAUACACAAUCGGUAUUAAAAUUGUGUUUCCAAUACAUAUGUGCUCAUUAGAUAAAUCCUCAAUAUCUAUGUGAAAAUAAGGAAUGUGUUUUGUAUGAUUGCAACACUGUGAGUUGCUCUAAUUAGUGACAAAUGACUGAAACAAUAGGAAUUCGUACGUGACUUGGAUAGACAAAACAACAGUGAGGUAACAAUAUAUUCUUAUAUUGUUUUUAUUCACGAGUUGUAAACAACAAUAUAGAAUACCGGUACCCAUUUCUAAGAAAGUCAAACUAGAAGUUAGAAAUAACAGAAAAAAUUUAAUUAGGUCAUGAGUCAUCAUAUACCUGUCAAAAUUUGUCAUUAUAUAGUUUUCACGAGCUGUCAAAAUUAUUUUUAUGCCCCCGAAGGGAGGCAUAUAGUUUUUGAACCGUCUGUCGGUCCGUCAGUCUGUCGGUCUGUCAGUCUGUCCGCAAUUUUCGUGUCCGGUCCAUAUCUUUGUCAUCGAUGGAUGGAUUUUCAAAUAACUUGGCAUGAAUGUGUACCACAGUAAGACGACGUGUCGCGCGCAAGACCCAGGUCCGUAGCUCUAAGGUCAAGGUCACACUUAGACAUUAAAGGAUAGUGCAUUGAUGGGCGUGUCCGGUCCAUAUCUUUGUCAUCGAUGGAUGGAUUUUCAAAUAACUUGGCAUGAAUGUGUACCACAGUAAGACAACAUGUCGCGCGCAAGACCCAGGUCCGUAGCUCAAAGGUCAUGGUCACACUUAGACUUUAAAGGAUAGUGCAUUGAUGGGCGUGUCCGGUCCAUAUCUUUGUCAUCCAUGGAUGGAUUUUCAAAUAACUUGGCAUGAAUGUGUACCACAGUAAGACGACGUGUCGCGCGCAAGACCCAGGUCCGUAGCUCAAAGGUCAAGGUCACACUUAGACGUUAAAGGAUAGUGCAUUGAUGGGCGUGUCCGGUCCAUAUCUUUGUCAUCCAUGGAUGGAUUUUCAAAUAACUUGGCAUGAAUGUGUACCACAGUAAGACGACGUGUCGUGCGCAAGACCCAGGUCCGUAGCUCAAAGGUCAAGGUCACACUUAGACGUUAAAGGUCAUUUUUCAUGAUAGUGCAUUGAUGGGCGUGUCCGGUCCAUAUAUUUGUCAUUCAUGCAUGGAUUUUAAAAUAACUACGCAUGAAUGUGUGACACAGUAAGACGACGUGUCGCGUGCAAGACCCAGCUCCGUAGGUCAAAGGUCCUAAACUCUAACAUCGGCCAUAACUAUUCAUUCAAAGUGCCAUCGGGGGCAUGUGUCAUCCUAUGGAGACAGCUCUUGUUAUCUCUCUAUUCUGCAAGUGCAUUGUUUUUGUAAGUAUCUUGGUCGGAUAUUGUAGUGUGUAACUUACUUUACAUUCCACAUUAAUAUUUGUGCUUGAAAUUGCUUUGCUGAGCUCACCGAAGACACGUAUGAAUUUCUAUUGUUUUAGUUUAUUGUCUGUUAUAAAGGUACCGAACCUCUAUAUUAAGAAAUAAGAAUUGUUCCUUUCUGGUAGACAAAGGAAACUAUUUUGUUGAAUCAUAACAGAACUGUUUUUAGAAAGAACUGAAUAUUCUUUGGUUUUUUUGUUAUUCACCGGAAAUUCAAAACGUGACAUCACCUUAACUGGAUAUCAGUACAAGUCAUGUAUAUAGAUAUAAAGUAAAUAUCAAAAAAAAAAAUCAAACAAGUCCGCCCGCUUAGCUCAGUAGGGAGAGCAUUGGUCUACGGAUCACGGGGUCGCGAAUUUGAUCCCCGGGCGGGGCGUAUGUUCUCCGUGAUGAUUUGAUAAAAGACAUUGUGUCUGAAAUAAUUCGUUCUCCACCUCUGAUAAUUCAUGUGGGGAAGUUGGCAGUUACUUGCGGAGAACAGGUUUGUACUGGUACAGAAUCCAGGAACACUGGUUAGGUUAACUGCCCGCCGUUACAUGACUGAAAUACUGUUGAAAAAUGGCAUUAAACCCAAAACAAAAAAUAAAAUCAAACAAGACAAAGGAUAAGGUACAAAACAUUAACAGCCUUUGGGAUAAUUUACAUGAAAAGUUAACUCAGUCAAACUGUAGUGUGAAAAACAAGAUCGGUUUUUAACACUUUUAUAAGUAGCCAGUUUAUUGGUAUCACAGAUCAUUAUGUGGAAAGAGUUUCAUAUAUUUAUAACUCCAGUCGCUAUAUAUUGAUGUUUGCCUCUUUAGCACAUCUAAUGACUGAGUGUAUUGUGAUCUAGGGUAAUACCAUUUUUUUUGUUCUACAUUGAAUUUAGAAUUCAGCUACAAAUUUUUUUGUUUUGCAAAAGUAUUACAAAGAGGAGAAUUUCCUUGUAGUUAUGAUCGGAAUACUACAUGAUAUUGCUAAGAAUUCUAGUCUGAGAGAUUAUACAAGCAUGAUGUUUCCAUGCUUGUUUUAUUAAAUAUUUUGUUUUUGUGGCCAAAAUUGUUACAGAACUGUUCAAAACUAAGGACUUUUUACAAGAAGUACUUAUUAAUAAAGUCUUGUUUUAUUUGUACUGGUUGAAUAUAGUUUGAUUUAUAAUAAUUCCCUUCUUAUGUAUCACACAUUUUCAGUUUUAUUUUAACAGCUGGUUCCUCAGACUCCCAACUGUGUUUACCUCCCUUAUUUAUGCAGGGGAGACAACUGCUUUGGAGAUUGCUGGUCCUUUUUUCAUUGAAUUUAAAAUGUGUUAACAUUAACAAUGUAAGUAACAUGAAAUAUCUGAUUUUCGCAUAAUAGUAUACUUCUCACUAUUGCUAAUACAUGCACACAUGUAGAAAACCAUUAUGCGUCUUAACCUUUAGCCUGCUAAAUUUCUAAAAUAGACUGGUCUAUCGUUCAAUUUGAGCAAUAACAUUUAUUAUUCAAAGGGGAGUCCACUGAAAAUUUACUGACUGAAUAGAGAACAGUGCAGACCAUGAUCAGCCUGCAUGGACUUGCAGGCUGAUCUUGGUCUGCACUGGUCAAAAGGCAGAAUCAUUUGCCGCCAGCAGGCUAAAGCUUAAUUAUAAUUAUACAUGUAAGUUUUAACAUGUAUAUUUGCCUUUCUAUUGUUAAAUAUCUAUAUUUAUGAGGUUACCACUGGCAUUAUCUAUAUUUUGUCAUAAUUAAAAAAAAAAGAUUUUAGUAUGAAAUGAAAUGUUUCAGUAAUUACUCAGGGACAGUUUCUGUAUACAUGAUAAUGAUAAUUACAGUCAACAGAAGUAGGUGCUUGGGGAAACAUGUAUAUAUGUUAUAUUUGUGCCAAAAAUAAACUGUGAUUAUUAGUCCUAUCACUGAUAUUAUGAAUUUUACAGAUAGAUAAUAUUUUAAACAGAAUAAAAAUAUACAAACUUG